AUGGCGGAGAAUUUUCUGGCGUACUGGAUGUACGAUUCUGGGGCUCCUGCGACUGCGGACCCCAAUUCAAGUCCACGUCGUUUCGCAAGCACACUUCCCUUCACGACACCAACCGGAUUCAAACGACGGCGUACCACCCCCUGGCAAAUGGCCUCCUCUAACGUUUCCAUCGACAGCUCAAGACGGCCCUACUUGCCCAGUCAGAUCCUUUACGACGUUCCGAUGGUCUUACUCUGGUGAUGCUGUUCAUCCGUUCCACUCUCAAGGCCGACAUCGGUUGCACUUCAGGUGAUCUUGUAUCCGGAGCUACCCUACGACUGCCUGCUGAAUUAGUCUCUCCUUCAAAUGCGUUGAGAUUUUUGGGCCUUAGAUUUCCAAUCAUAAUAAUAAUAAUAAUGACAAUUGCACUUAAUGUCAGUGUACAGGCAUUGUCAGGGAAACAUUAAGCACAAAUCGGGCCAGCAGUGAAAAAACUCCUGAUGGCUAAGUAAAGAGGAUGGUGUUUUUGUAUAGUUUGGAAGGUUCGCGAGAAAAAAACUGCAGCCCAUGAAAUGAGGACAGUCAAGAAAGAGAUGGGUAUCACAGCAUCGGAUAUUUUCAGUCGCCAUUUAUUUCAUGAAAUCGGGACUGGACCAAGCAGAAUCACUGAAGAACGGUUGUCGCUGUUGACUGAGGAAAUUGUCUCUGGUGAGACCAGCUAUGGGGACCAGAGACCACGAACGCCAUCACUACGGUAUAUUCGAUCGGUUGACCCAGAAUCCAAAAUUUGUGGGUUUUUCGAGAUACAAAAUCGAAUAGUUUUGCAGAAUCUUCACAUUCCUGGACAAUUUAUUCCGAAUAGAAAUGGUGCGGGCUGACUACGGAGUGCAAUGCGUUAUCUCCGCGCAGCGCCACUUCGGGCGUCACCCGCACUUUCGUUCAUCCCUCCCGACCUAUACAGGUGCGAUUUCGUCCUGGUCCAGCAUGACCCUAUCCGUCAGCCACCAAAACUCCCCUAUGACGUGCCGUACAAAGUCCUUCGACGAUCUGACGAGGAUAUUGUCAUCAGUCAUAACGACAAGACUGACAUCAUCAGCACUGAUCCUGUCAAACCGGCCUACGCCGAAGAGGGUGAAAUGAUCUCACCCCAACAGCGGACCCAGUCGCAGACGGCGACAUCUCCGCCACCUACUGGCGACAACCCACCUCUGCUUCGCCGCACAAGAUCCGGGCGUCAUGUUCACUGGCCUGACAGAUUUGUGGCUGGCUAG